AUGUAUUAUAAAAUUUUACUUAUAUUUGCAUUAUUAAUUUUUGUUAAUAUUAAUUUUGCUUCUUCUGAAUUUAAAAAAAAUGAAACUGAAUCUGCGACUUUAAAAUCAUUAUAUGCUAGUUAUUUAAUGCAAAAUAACAAUAAUACUAAUUAUAAUAAUACCAAUAAUAAUAAUAAUAAUAAUAAUAAUAAUAAUAAUAAUAAUAAUAAUAAUAAUAAUAGUAAUAAUACUAAUAUUUAUAAUGAUUCAGUAACAAAGAAUAAAUGUAAAAAUAAGAAUGAAUUGACAGUUGGUAUAAUUGGUGGUGGUAUUGCAGGUCUUUAUGCUGGUAUGAUUUUCGAUGAUUUAGGUAUUGAUUAUACAAUCUUAGAAGCCAAUAAGGAAAGAGUUGGUGGAAGAGUUUAUACUCAUAAAUUUGAUGAUCAUAAAUAUUCAUAUACUGAUCUCGGUGCUAUGCGUAUUCCAUUAACGCCAUUAAUGGAUAGAAUUGUAUCAAACCAAAAUUAUUCAUUAUUUAGUAAAUUGGCAAAAGGUGGAUAUCAAAUUCCAACUGUACCAUUUUUAAUGAGUGUUAAUAAUGAAAUUAGUUAUUAUAAUGGUAUUAGAGUUUUAAAAGGUUCCCCAGUUUUAAAUCCAUCCGAUCCAUUUAAUUAUAGUGAUUCAAAUAAUGGUGGUCCAGGAAAAGGUAUUCCAGACGAGUAUGCAAAUCGUACAGUUGACUCUUUAAUUCUCCCAGUAUUUUAUCAAUUCAUUUACAAUUUAACAGUUGAUUUUGAUAAUGGUUUUAAACAAAUGUUAAAAUAUGAUAGCUAUUCUGCAAGAGAUUAUUUAAAAACAUUCCAUAAUUAUCCAAAUUCAGUUAUUGAUUAUAUUGAAAAUUUAUCAACAAAUACUGGAAGAUUAGAUCAAUCAUCUAUUACUGAAUUAUUAAUGAGUGUUUUUGAUUUUAGUGGAGAAAAAUUCGUUUGUGUUGAAGGUGGUACAGGUCUUAUUGUUAAAUCAAUGAGUCAAAUUAUAAAGAAAAAAGUUGAAAUGGGUAGUUUUGUUACUAAAAUUUCAAAAUCAUAUGAUAAAAAGAAUAAUGAAAUCGAUGGAUUAAAUGUUGAAGUAGUAAGAGAUUCAAACUUUGGUGGUAGUGAUACUGAAAUAUUGAAAUUUAAACAUGUAAUUAGUACUACAACUUUACCAGCAUUACAAAGAAUUGAUACAAGUGAUUUGAAAUUACCAUUGAAAUUAAAGGUUGCAAUUCGUUCACUUAAAUACACUGGUGCUAUUAAACUUGCAAUUAACUUUAAAUAUCGUUGGUGGGAAGAUAGUGAAUUUAUGAGUGGUAAACCAAUUAGAGGUGGUUCUUCAAAUACCGAUCUUUUACUUCGUCAAGUUGUUUAUCCAUCAUAUGGUAUCAAUAAUGGUACAAAAGGUGUUAGCGGAGUUUUAUUAGCAAGUUAUAGUGGUGGUUUGGAAUCAAUCAGAAUUAGUAGUAUGAUUGGUAAAAAAGAUAAAGAAAGAAAACUUUUAAAUAUAGUUUUAAGAGAUCUUGCUGAAAUCCAUAAUGUUGAUUUAAAGAAAUUAAAAAAUUUAUAUAAAGAUCAUUUCUUCCAAAGUUGGGAUAAUGAUGAAUUUUCAUCAGGUGCUUUUGCAUUAUUUUCAAUAUCUCAAUAUACUGAACUUUUCCCAAGUACUGGACAAUCACAUGUUGAUGGUAGAUUCCAUUUAUCAGGUGAAUUAACCUCGGUUCAUCAUGCAUGGAUGAUUGGUGGACUUAAUAGUGCAUAUAGAUCAGUUGAUUUAAUUUUAAAGAAUGAAGGAUUUGAAGAUUUACGUAUCAAAUUAAGAAAUAAUUGGGGCACUAUUGAGCAAGCUGAAUAUCCAUCAUUAGAUUGGUAUAAAUACGACUCUGAUAUUAAUCAUUAUAAUAUUCAAGGAAAAUCAAUUGAAAAAUUAUAUUAA